AUGUUUCCGGCAUAUUCCACUAAAGAAAGGCAACAGCAAAGCUAUAAUCAAAGUGCAAAUGAUGUUGUUGAUGAAGUGGAACAACCGAAGCCUCUAGAUCGAGACCCCAGUCUAGCAAGGUACCGGGAUCCGGUGAACAAUUCCAGCUCUGCCCAACGAAACACAACGAACACGCCACUAAGAGCGGAGCAUUCAAAUUUUAACGCUUCAGUACCACCCCCUUUUCGGAACCCACAUGCACAAGCUGGCUACUCAUCUUUCCCACAAGUAAAUCAGCCUGUGUAUGGACGUCCGAAUUUUGGUCCUGGAUAUCACGCUUCUAAUCAAUCCAAUAGGCGUAAUCAGGACGAGAAAUCGGAGCGGUAUCUGGACAGUGGAAAUGGGCAAACACGAUAUCGCCGUGAAAGCGAGCCUCAAGCUCAGCCCAUUCAAAUUAAAGCUGUCGAAGGUGCUUACUCUAGCCAUUCAACUGAGCUGAUUAUGAAGAAAAGACAAAGGGAAGCGGAGCGAAGGAAAGCGGAAAGAAAAGCCGCACAAAUGAGAGAAUGUGUAGCUGUAAGACAGCUCAGAGACAGUUCAGACGACGAUGAUGAUGAUUACGCAGUCACCGCAACUGUUAGCGGACUUGCUGAGUUAGAGAAAUUCAGGAAGAAAAAUAAGAAAGAUCUGAAAAAGAAAAUGCAGAAAAACAAGAAUAGCAAGAAAAGCAAGAAAAGAAGAAGAGAUUCUUCUGAUUCGGACACUUCGUCUUCUGAUUCGGACUCAGACUCAAGCUCAGAUUCCGAUGGCUCUUCGCGUAGAAAACGGAAAAAAGAAAGAAAGUCCAAAAAAUCCAAGAAGAGAAGACGCGACUCUCGGUCACCUCCACGUUCAUCGAAACCUACUGCCAAACCAGUCAAGUACUCAUUUCUUCGUAUGGAUAAAAACGAGCAUAAUACUCAUGAAGGCUUGCUCUAUGAUACUAGCCAAGAUUCACAUAACAUACAUUAUGAGAAACUGCAACCGACGAUUACUAGUUCUUACUACCCGCUGACCCAUUCUAUCAUUGGGGCUCCUCCAAAAUGGAGUAAUUUAUUCUAUCCUGUCGUUGUAGCAAAAGAAGAGAGGAAACCCAAGCGUUUCCAUGAGGUAGUUCCGAACGAGAAAGACACGGAACGCGCUUUCCGAACUGACCUUGUAAAGAUAUCAGAUAUGCAGCAUGUUGAUUUUAUUGAAGUUUCAAAGAGUAAACUAGACGUGUUCCGUUUCCGAUAUGAAAUUAUGGACGAUAAGGUAGAUGAAUUUCAAAGUGAAGAUAAUAGAUUGCGCAUGGAUGCAGAAGAUAGAGAGAAAUAUGGAAUAAUCAGACCAGAUGAAGUUCGAAAUAUUGAAAAUCGUUUGACAAGGAUUAAAUAUGCUAUUAAUGAUAAGAGUGGAGAUGACCAGCUAUAUAUUGAGUUUGUGGAUUUAGAGAUGCAACUGUUCGAGAAAAAUGCAGAAUUAGGAAUCAGAGCUCAUACCAAUCAGUCUCUACUUGAUAGGUGUCUUUCUAUCGUUCAAAGUGGUUUGCAACGAUUCCCAGCAUCAUAUGCUUUGCGUCUCAAGAAGAUUGAAAUUCUGAAGAAAAAGGGAGGAACUGAUGAACUUCUGCAAGAAUGGGACACGUUACUGAACCGUUUCUUGAACAAAACUGAAGUUUGGAAUCAGUACUUGAAUUUCAUUCAGUAUGAUUCCUCUAUAUACACUUUCCAACGAAUGGAAAAAGCAUUUGCCCAAUGUCGUACGAAACUUGGGAACUUGAUCAAUGACACCAUAAAAUCUCACAAGAAAGAACCUGAUACGGAAGAAUUUUAUAAAGACAUGUACAUUAGAAGUCUGGAGUUUCUCUUCGAGAGUGGGUAUUCUGAAAGGGCUAUCGCUUCAAUUCAGGCUUCUUGUGAGUUACAUCUCUUCAAGCCACCAAGAUUAGCAAACGCAAGCCCCAAUGUAGUUAUGGCGGCUUUCAAAGAGUUUUGGAACAGUGGUCAUCCAAGAAUUGGAGAUUACAAGUGUUUUGGAGGUUGGGCCAAGUAUGAUGAAAUGCGCCAAGCAAAUUCAAAUUUUGAUGUGAGAAGAGAAGAAAAGUAUGAGCUGGAACUGUAUAGAACUCGAGCUCAAUCUCUCUACAACAAAGUUGCUGCCUCCAACGAGUCUUACAUUCUUUCCUGGGUAGAACUUGAAAGAGAGUUCUCAUUUUUGAACGUUCGACCAUUGCGUGGAGAAGAGGGAACUGAUGAGACGGGUGAAUCCCCUGAUGAUACUUUCAAAAAGGUCGUAUUUGAUGAUCUUUUUAUUUCGGAAACCUUCUUCCCUCUUGAUGUUCUAGCUUAUUUCGGUAUAACUUUCAUAGAAUUCAUUCCCACGGAUGAAAGCACAGUAUCUGUACUUCGCAAGAUGGAUUCAUGUUCUUUGACCAGUAUUUAUAACUCAAAGCCUUUUCUUAAAACAAUGAAAAGCAUUAUAUUGGCUUUAGCCAGAUCAAGUAAUGAGGCUCAAAUUAUGAUGUCAUACAUACCGACAUCCAUUCGGCUUAUGAAAUUGAAACAUGCUGGAUUGUCUGAAAAGAAGAUUGUGAAAAAGUUUAUAGAUAAAGUGCUAAAACUAACCAUAAAGCUGGGUAUAAUGCAAGAAGAGGUGAAAGAACUAGUAUUCUACUUUGCCGCCUUUGAGGCUAUGAAAGUUGGUGUUGGAGAGAAACCGCAACAGUUCAUGGAAAUGUUGAUUAAAACGCUGUUGCAACAUGCUAGGAAUGGUUUCGAAAAGCUGGACAGUCUUCGAGCAUCGGUUUUAUUCUGUGCUAUGCUGACUUAUUUAGAGAUGAAUUCGGAAUUGACCAUUGAACAAUAUAUUCAACAAAUGACGAAAUGGAUGUGCUUUUUGGAAGAAGAUCAACCGAUAUCACCAAAACAUUAUCUACAAACGUUUGCUCUGCUAAACCAACUGGAGAAUUUCGCCUUCCCCGUUUCAGAAGAGUUCGAAAAUUACAUUUCCCUGAUCGAACAUGCAAAAACCGCAAUUUGCUCUCUACAAGUGUAUAUGGCUUAUUGUAGAUCACCGAAAAAUGGAGGCGGUUGGCUUAGUGAAUGUAGAAAGAUAAUUAUUGGGGAAGAAGAGUUCUAUCCGACUAGACGAGCUCUAUUGAACGUUCUGGAAUAUCAUUGGAAAACUUAUCACUCUCACCGCUCAGAGUUCUUGGAAGAAUGUAAAGCGUUCAUUCGUGUGCUCAACACAUAUCCAGAAGGCUAUUUGAAAUUGGUGAAACUCUUCACCUCUCUGAGAUAUUACAAAAUCUUACCUUUCUUCGAUGAGUUAGAAAGUGUUUCUGAGGGUAUAAGUAAGAAGUAUGCAGCGCUGUCUAAAAUGCUACUUCUUACACGUGAUUCGGAUUUCUCAACUGAGAGCUUGCGUGGUCAAAGAAACUUAUUGGAAGUCGCAACUGGUUUGAACGAUACUUCCUUCUGGCGCUUACUUUUAACAAGAUAUACUGGUGAAAAUGUAUUCCUACGAUCUCUUGAGCAGUGUGCAUGGUCUAAAUAUUUGAUUAUUGAUAGAAUCGAACUGAAAAAUAACAAUUCCACACUUGAGGAACUUCAAUUAUUGAUGACUGAAAAAGACACAAGAGUGAUCGUCGAUAUUGAAGAAGUUGAAACUCUUCUGGAAAAUGCUGUUCCUUCACAAGACGAGGAAUGA